ACGCGCAUUCAACAAAACGCCCGCAGAAAUGGGGGCGCCCUCCUCCUUCCUCUGCGCCCUCCUCCUCCUCGCCGCCUUCGCCUGCCACUUCAAUGAGUCGCACGGGCGGCGGCAUCACUCCCGCAGCCACGGCCACGACCACGACCACGUCCACGGCCUGGGCGUCAACUACGGCACCCUCGGCGAUAACCUCCCCACGGCGGCGCAUUCCGUCAAACUCCUCCGCUCGGCGAAGGCGGGCGCCGUCAAGAUCUAUGACGCCAACCAGGACAUCCUCCACGCGCUGGCCGGCACGGGCAUCCCGGUCUCCGUCAUGGUGCCCAACGAGAUCAUCCCCAACAUCGCCGCGUCCCGCCGGAACGCGCGCAGGUGGGUGGCCAAGAACCUCUCUCGGCACCCCCGGGUCAAGAUCAUAUACCUCCUCGUCGGCAACGAGCUUCUCUCCAACCAGGCCAUCGCGGGAUCCACGUGGGGCAAGAUCGUCCCCGCGAUGAAGAACCUCCGCCGCGCCCUCCACUCCUACAAGCUCGGCCACGUCAAGCUCGGCACCCCGCUCGCCAUGAGCGCACUGUCGGCGUCCUUCCCGCCGUCCGCCGGCGAGUUCCGCGAGGACAUCGCCCAAUCGGUCAUGAAGCCACUGCUCCAGUUCCUCAGCGACACCCGCUCCUACUUCUUCAUCGACGUGUACCCGUACUUCGCGUGGGUGGGCAACCAGAAGGACAUCCUGCUCGACUACGCGCUCUUCCAGAGCCACACCACCGACAACGUCGUCGAUCCGGGCUCAAAGCUCAUCUACACCAACCUGCUCGACCAAAUGCUCGACGCCACCAUCGCCGCCAUGGCCAAGCUCGGUUACCCCGACGUGCCGCUGGCCAUCUCGGAGACCGGCUGGCCCAGCGGAGGAGGUGACGGCGCCAAUAUAGUCAACGCCGAAACCUACAACCGCCACCUCGCCACGCGGAUGUCCCAUACACCCGGCACGCCAGCGCGCCCGGAUACCUCGAUGCCCGUGUUCGUCUUCUCCCUGUACAACGAGGACCUGAAGCCCGGGGCGGGCACGGAACGGCAUUGGGGGAUGUUCUACCCGAACGGGACAUCGGUGUACGACGUCGACCUCACCGGCAAGCACUACUACGCGCCGCCGCCGCCGGGGCCUGAACCGGUGCCUGUACCGCCGCCGGGGCCGGUGCCACCUCCAGGGCCGCCGGACAACAACCCGACCGACGAGGGCGUGUGGUGCGUGCUGGCGACCGGCAAGCCCGUGAACGAGACGGCAGUGCAGAUCGCCCUGAACUACGCGUGCGAGCAGGGCGGGGCGGCAACGUGCGCCGCCAUACAGCAAGGCGGCGCGUGCUUCGAGCCCAACACCCUGGACGCGCACGCCAGCUAUGCGUUCAAUUCCUAUUGGCAGAAGUUUAAGAAGACCGGAGCUACCUGCUCGUUCAAUGGCCUCGCGGUGAAGACCACCAAAGAUCCAAGUUAUGGAACAUGCAAGUUCCCCACCUCUUCGGACCAGGCCGCCAAGGGCAAGUGGUGCGUGCUGGCGACCAGCAAGCCAGUGAACGAGACGGCCGUUGAGGCUGGCUUGAACUACGCCUGCGGCCAGGGUGGUACGGCCACAUGCGCCGCCAUCCAGCCUGGCGGUACGUGCUUCGAGCCCAACACCCUUGAUGCGCACGCGAGCUACGCGUUCAAUUCGUAUUGGCAACAGUUCAAGAAGACUGGAGCAACGUGCUCGUUCAAUGGCCUUGCAGAGACAACUACAAAUGAUCCAAGCCAUGGAUCAUGCAAGUUCCCCACCUCUUCGGAUGAGACCGUCAAGGGUGAGUGGUGCGUGCUAGAGAUUGGCAGCGGCAACGCGGUGAACGAGACGGCGGUGGAGGCCGGCCUGAACUAUGCGUGUGGCAAGGCCACGUGUGCCGCCAUCAAGCCUGGCGGUGCGUGCUACGAGCCCAACACCCUCGACUCGCACGCGAGCUAUGCGUUCAAUUCCUAUUGGCAACAAUUCAAGAAUACUGGAGCCACCUGCUCGUUCAAUGGCCUCGCGGUGAAGACCACCAAAGAUCCAAGCUAUGGAUCGUGCACGUACCCCAGCACUCCGAGCUAGUCGCUUAACAGAAGACCGUCAAGAGUACGAUCCACGGCCGGAGUAGCAACGCAACUAGGAAGAAGGCCAUUGCCGCAAUGCCCUUUGUAGUCUGUAGACAGACAUUCGAUUUAUUAUUUUCUCCGUCGAUUUCUCAGUGGACUGCCAAACAUGCAUGGCUGUCUACUACGAGUAGAUUCAUUCAAAGGAUUUUCAUAGACACUUUUUGAAGAUUCUUAGUAUUAAUUGAUUUUUUC